GAAACCAUAUCUUAUAACAGACUUCAAACUUGAGCUCUAACAACAUUUUCUUCCUCUUCUAAUCACAUACAAGUUCUAACAAUUCCCCACUGUGCAACCAAUUCAUAAGCUUUCAGCUGCUUUUCUUUGGCAUUAAACAAAAAGACACACAAACUUCCACUUUCCAAUAUAUAUAAAUGGAGACAACAAAUUCACCACCCCCUCUUCAAAUUCAGCCUCCCACUUAUGGAAACUUGGUCACUGUUCUCAGCAUCGAUGGCGGUGGUAUCAGGGGUAUUAUUCCAGCAACUAUCCUCGAAUUCCUUGAAGCACAACUCCAGGAGUUGGAUGGUGAGUCCGCAAGGCUUGCAGAUUACUUUGAUGUGAUUGCAGGAACAAGCACCGGUGGCCUUGUAACCGCCAUGCUAAGCGCUCCAAAUGAUAAAAAACGUCCACUUUUUGCGGCCAAGGACAUCAAGCCCUUUUACUUUGAACAUGGCCCCAAGAUUUUCCCACAACACAAGGGCCUGUUGGCAACAAUAGGAAAUUUGUUUGGAACAUUAGGAGGACCAAAAUACGAUGGGAAGUACCUUCAUAAGGUGGUGAAGGAGAAGUUGGGGGAAACUCGUGUGCAUGACACACUGACAAAUGUUGUGAUCCCCACCUUUGACAUCAAGACAAUGCAACCGACUGUUUUCUCUUCUUAUAAAAUCAAGACGUCCCCUUGCUUGGAUGCUCAACUCGCUGACAUAUGCAUCAGCACCUCCGCCGCGCCUACUUAUCUCCCCGCCUACUCUUUCAGCAACAAAGGCUCCGAUGGAAACGUGCAGGAAUUCAACCUUGUUGAUGGUGGUAUUUGUGCAAACAAUCCGACUCUAGUAGCUGUGAAUGAAGUAACCAAGCAAAGCCUUCUUGAAAACCCUGACUUCUUUGCCAUCAAGGCUGUGGAAUAUAGUCGGUUCCUGAUAAUCUCACUGGGCACAGGGACAGCAAAAAAUGAAAUGAAGUUCAAUGCAAAAAUGGCAGCUAAAUGGGGUCUAUUGGAUUGGUUAACCAGCGGUGGUUCAACACCCUUGAUUGACAUGUUUAGUCAAUCAUCUGGUGAUAUGGUCGAUUUUCAUCUUUCUACUGUCACUCAAGCACAUCAUUCAGAAGAUAAUUAUCUCCGGAUACAGGAUGAUACAUUGGCAGGUACGGAUUCUUCCGUUGAUAUCUCAACAAAAGAGAAUUUGGAAAGGCUGAGCCAAAUUGGUAUUAGUUUGUUGAAGAAACCAGUAUCUAAGGUCAAUUUAGACUCUGGUCUAUGUGAAACAAUGCCAAAUGCGGAAACCAAUGAAGAUGCUCUCAAAAGGUUUGCAAAAACGCUUUCUCAAGAAAGGAGACUCAGAGAAUUGAGAUCCCCUAACACCUAAAGCCUUUUGCAUUGUGAUGUGAAAUGUUCACUUGUUGUUCAUGAAUUGUAGAAAUUUCAGCUACCUCCUUCUCAGGAAUAUUGUUUUAUGUAAUUCAAUAAAAAGAAUGUCAACUUCAUUGUAUGUUUGCUGAUGUUAGUGGGACUGUGUUCCCUCGUGAUUUUCUAGUUUAAGUUCGGGCUUUGCCCAUACUGUAACCAAAAAGUAAUGUAAAGAAGACCCGUCGUUAUUUAUUCAUUAA